GUAGUACACGUAUGAUGAAACAGUUGGUUUUGUUUCUUGCCACCCUAGUGCUUGCCGUCAACGCGCAGAUCCAUCCGGAUAUAAUAGAGGAUGCGCAUCUAGAUUCGCUUGGAUUGUUACGAAAAUAUGGUUAUCCAGCCGAAGAGCACAUCAUCGAGACCGACGAUGGCUAUCUGUUGGGAAUCCACCGCUGUCCGGGCAGCCCUAUGUCCCCGCCUGCACCUGGAAAGCCCGUAGUCUUGCUGCAGCAUGGAAUGCUGAGUUCAUCUGCAGAUUACAUCCUGAUGGGACCGCAAACCAGCUUGGUCUACAUGCUGGCCGAUGCUGGAUUUGAUGUUUGGUUGGGUAAUGCCCGUGGCAACCGGUACUCCAAUCGUCACCGAACGAGACACAACUCCACCCAGCAGUUCUGGGACUUUUCCUGGCACGAGGUUGGCAGUAUCGACAUACCCAACAUGAUCGACUACAUAGGUGCCGUAACUGGACAGCAGCAGAUACAAUACGUAGGACAUUCGCAGGGAACGACCGCUUACUGGGUUAUGAUGUCUCAGCACCCAUACUACAACCGCCGAAUCAAGAGCGCUCAUAUGCUGGCUCCAGCGGCUUACAUGCACCACACCCGGAGCCCCUAUGUCAUCUUCCUAGCCACUUUCCUGCAUACUACUGAGCUGAUGCUGGACAUGAUGGGAACCUGGUACUUUGCACCAACUAAUGAGAUGGAUAUCGCUGGAGGACUCAACGACUGCCACGAUGGGGCACCGUUCCAACAAAUGUGCACGAUUAACACUUUCCUAAUCGCCGGGUUCAACACGCAGGAAGUAAACUUCACAAUGCUGCCAGUCAUCCACGCUCACUCGCCUGCCGGAGCAUCUACCAUGCAGAUGAUUCACCACGCACAGACGGUUCGCUCGCGGAUCUUCCGACAGUACGACCACGGUCCAACCAUAAACAUGGUCCGGUACGGAUCGAUGGUUCCCCCACGCUACAACUUUGACAACGUCCAGGCUCCAACGCUGCUCUACCACAGCACCAACGAUUGGCUGGCAGGUCCGGAAGAUGUCGAGCUACUUCGGCGGGAGUUGCCAAAUAUCCACAAGCAGUACCUGGUAUCACAACCGCAGUUCAAUCACAUGGACUUCGUCUGGGCCAUCAACGUGCGCCCGCUGCUGUACGACGAAUUGCUGGCCGAUCUUCGAGCGUACGCCUAAAUACCAUACCCGAGAGCAAUCAAUAAACAUGACGCUACUGAAAUAAGUUUCAACUGAUUUA